AAAUAAAAACGAAUAAAAGUUGGAACGGCGUUAACAAAGACGAAAGACUGUCGCAUUUCGUACGACGAAAACAGUGCGAUUUGAACAGCUUUCGUUAUGACAACUCUUAAAUUUAUUGUAGCAGCAUGUGUGUUAGCUGUGAUUCAACCUCAAGUUCAGGCUAGGGUAAUGUUUGAUGUUGUCCGGACUGAUGUAUCUUUGUCUGAAUGGGACUCGCUCCUUUUCACUGUACAUUGGCCUGUGACGACAUGUCUCAUCUGGAAAGAAGGCAAGCCAGGCCAUACCUGCAUCUUGCCCGAGCAUCACGUUUGGACUGUCCACGGCAUCUGGCCGAAUCAGGAGGGCAAAGAGGGACCUUUCUUUUGUAACAAGACUUGGAUAUUCAAUCCGGAUAAACUUGGAACUCUCCGACCGCAGCUGUUAAAAGUCUGGCCAAACAUUCACGGAAACGAUACCGACGAUUCCCUGUGGAAACACGAAUGGGAAAAGCAUGGAACUUGUGCUGCACUUGAUCCCAAGUUUGGAUCUGAAGAACUCUAUUUUAAUCAGGGGAUUCAAUGGGUUAAAAAUUACCACAUAACCAAGAUCUUGUCACAGCAUAUGAUUGUCCCGUCAAUGUCAACAAGAUACAAUGUGACAUUGAUUCAUAAAGCAUUAAAAGAUGUAAUUGGAGCUAUUCCAUCCCUUAGCUGUGAAUAUGACAAAGAUACUGGGAACAUUUACCUGGCAGAGAUCAGGCUGUGCUUUCAACGAGACAUGGCUCUAGUAGAUUGCAAACAUAACCAGCAAAUAGGAGGUGUGCGAAGUACGACGAACUGUCCCACCAACAAACUCAUUAUUUACCCAGGAAAAGCCUCAUUCAUCAAAACCAGCAGACAGCAUAAACGAAUGUUUCACCAAAAAGUAUAGAACCACUCGAAACACCAUCCUAAAUGAAAUUUUCUUAAUUUAAAGUACACAAUAAAAGAAGCAUAUAAUUUUA